AUGGCGGAACAUCAAAAUAACCCAAAUAGCGGAAAUUUUCCUAUCGACUACACCAUGACGACCGGAUCACAAAAUUUGGUUUACUCAGAUGAUUUUAUGCAAUUUCGUAUAGAUGUCGGAGAAAACCAAAGAUUUGAAUACGAAGAAGAAUUUAUAUCAGCAGCUCAUGAAGCUACGGCUUAUGCCAAUGGACGAGAUGCUAAAGUCAGAUUCAUGUUCAGAGUUAGAGCUGCAAUGGCAGCCGAACUUGAUGCUAUGGCUGACGCUCAAAUCGAAGCGGAGGAAAUAGCGAGGGAAAGAGCCAAGAAUGGAGUUGAUGAAGAUGCCCAAAAGAUAGAGGAAGAGAGAAAAAAAGAAGAAGCCGAGGCACAACAUAACGCUCAAGUGCGAGCCAGAGAAAAGGAGAAAUCGGAAGCAAAAGCCAAGGAACUGGCUAAAGCUGAUGAGAAUUUUCAUCUUUCCUGCAAAAAGUUUUUUGAUAACACCAAAAAGGAAGAUUUUCCAAUACCGCCUCGAACGGGCAUGUCUUGUCCUAGGAAAGGUUGUGUUCGCGGAAAUGACUUGAAUGUUUGUCAUCAUGAUAUCCAGCGGCUUUUCAAGGGACAAGAUCUUCUUCGAGAAAGAUUGCGGUGGCAUCCGGAUCGCUUUCAGAGUGGGACACAUAACCAAGAGCUUGCUAAAGAGAUGUUUCAGCUUUUGCAAGUAAUCAUUGGAUGA